CUAUGAUGUCAGUCAUAUGAUUGUAAGGUUGGGCGAUUUUCAUUAUCGGUGUUUAAAGGUACUUAAUCUGGAAAAUAUGAUCAAAGUUUCUGUUUUAAUUUCAUAUUUAUUAGCCUCUGUUUACUGCAGUGGCGAAUUCAUAGUGCUUCAUGCUCCAAAAAGUAUUCAAUUUAAGGGACAAGAAAAGUUAGACGAAAGUCUAUUGAAAGAAGUUUAUUCUGCUGCUUUAGGGCAACCUAUUUUUCAGUCAUCGAAAUGGUCAGGAAUGUAUUUUACUGAUCCAUUCAAUUUAGCAGAGUCUAUCGUUACAAUAGCAGUUGAUGGUAUUACAGAUUUAGAUAAUGGUAAAGGGAUCAGUUUUCCACUCAAUGCUGAUGAAUCAGAAGCUGAUGUUUUUGGAGCCCUGGAAACAAGAAUUUACGAGCAAGAUCCAGAUGCUCAAAAGAACAUUAUUAGAAUUGAUUUGAGCCAAGGUUUAGAUUCAAUUCAGUCCUAUAAUUUUCUGAAUGAUAUCAAAUCUGUGGAACCAGAAAAACAGUACAAGCAUUUAAAGGUUGGAUUCAAAGAAGACAGACAAUUUAUUAAUGAACUUCAGUUGCUGAAUGCUAUAACAGAAAAGAUUGAAAGUGGGGCCUACCAACGUUCCCCAGCCCCAAGUGUCUUUUGGUUUAAAUUUUCUGCAUACAAAAGUGUGGUUAAUUUUCAUGGAGAAAACUCUACAGCAGCCAAUGAAGCUAAGGUUCUUUUGUUGGAUGCUAUUGCCCGUUUACAGAGUGCAUUCAAAAAGUUGUAUAGUGGUGAUGUCCUUGUAAAUGUGUUAACAAAUGAAAUAAGUCAUAAAAGGGUAGCUCGAGCUACUUCUAAUGAAGUAAAAGAAGGUUCAGAUUCAUUUGAUGAUUUAAAUCUUGCUUCCACGUAUAACGAAAAUUUCCCUGUCAUAUUCAACAUUAUUUUAUGGUUCAGUGUAAUAAUGGCAUUUACUCUCCUUGCUAUAUCUGUUGUAAUUGGAGACAUGGACCCUGGACGUGACUCCAUCAUUUAUAGAAUGACCAGUACUCGAAUGAAGAAAGAGAACUAAAUGAUUUUUGUAGACCUAUUGAGUAGUUUUUGCUGUAUUACUUUGAUUUAAUUUUAUAGGGUCAUCAAAUGUAGCCGUUUUCAGUCUCAUUAAGCUUUAUCGUACACAACUAUUUUUCUGUGAUUAUUUGUUGCAAGAUGAAUUAGCUUACUUGUCACAUAUUUCUUUUAUUGUUUGCGAUAAGUCAUUCACAAUCAUUUUGUAAAAUAAUUCUUGACUUAUUGCGUAGUUUGUUCAAACAUUUUUCUGCAGCUAUGUAAUUUAGCGAACUAUACCAAUAUGUAAUGGAACGAUAAAUGUAUGUGUCAGUAUUUAAUUUUCAUUAUGAUAAAUGUAAUAUAAUAGCACAAACGUUACUUUAAAGUGAUAUUGUAUAUGAACAUCAUUUCAGUUGUUAAAGGAUUGGUAUUUAAUGUUGUAUUUGUUACAUUUUAGGUAAUAAAGAAAAAUAAAUGAAAAA